CAGCGCCCGCGCCCGCCCCGGGCUCCCCGCAGCGCCGCCGCUCCCGGCCGCGCUUCCGCCCGCGCCAUGGCGGGGAAGGCGGCGGCGGCCGGCGCAGGGGUGCUCCUGGUCACCGCCAACGUCGGCUCCCUCUUUGACGACCCAGAAAAUUUGCAGAAGAAUUGGCUUCGGGAAUUUUAUCAGGUCGUCCAUGCACACAAACCCCACUUCAUGGCUUUACACUGUCAAGAAUUCGGAGGGAAAAACUACGAAGCUUCCAUGUCUCACGUGGACAAGUUCGUGAAAGAAUUGUUAUCAAGUGAUGCAAUGAAAGACUACAACAGAGCUCGAGUUUACCUGGAUGAGAACUACAAAUCACAGGAGCAUUUCACGGCUCUGGGAAGUUUUUACUUUCUUCAUGAAUCUUUGAAAAACAUCUACCAGUUCGAUUUUAAAGCUAAGAAGUAUAAAAAGGUUACUGGGAAAGAAAUCUACUCUGACACUUUAGAAAGCACGCCCAUGCUGGAAAAAGAGAAGUUUCCACAGGAUUAUUUCCCUGAGUGCAAGUGGUCCAGAAAAGGUUUCAUUCGAACAAGAUGGUGUAUUACUGACUGUGCCUUUGACUUGGUAAACAUUCAUCUUUUCCAUGAUGCUUCCAAUUUAAUUGCUUGGGAAACAAGCCCAUCGGUUUACUCAGGAAUACGGCAUAAGGCUCUUGGCUAUGUACUUGAUAGAAUUAUAGAUCAGCGGUUUGAGAAAGUUUCGUAUUUUGUCUUUGGAGAUUUCAACUUUAGACUGGAUGCCAAAGCAGUAGUUGAGACACUAUGUGCAAAGGCCACCAUGCAGACCAUCCGGGCAGCUGACACAAAUGAAGUAGUCAAGCUAAUAUUUCGUGAAUCUGAUAAUGACCGAAAGGUUAUGCUGCAAUUAGAAAAGAAGCUCUUUGACUAUUUUAAUCAAGACGUAUUUAGAGAUAACAAUGGCACUGCGCUUUUAGAAUUUGACAGAGAGCUGUCAGUCUUUAAAGACAGAUUGUAUGAACUGGACAUCUCAUUUCCUCCCAGUUAUCCCUACAGUGAGGAUUCUAGCCAGGGAAAGCAGUACAUGAACACGAGAUGUCCAGCCUGGUGCGACAGAAUCCUGAUGUCCCACUCAGCCAAGGAGCUCAUUCUGAAAUCAGAAAACGAUGAGAAGAUAGUAAUAUAUGACCACAUUGGGCCAAAUGUCUGCAUGGGGGAUCACAAGCCUGUGUUCCUGUCCUUUCGAAUAGCUGCUGGGGCAGGAAAAAGAUGCCUACGAAGUGAGAAGAUUUUCCGUGAAACCACCCUGUAGGAGGAGGGAAGGCAGCACCCGAAAUCCAUAAUCCCAACAGCUGUAUUGAUCAAUCCAGUCCCGAGUGCCACAUUUUUAGACUGCUGAUCGUACACUAUGCUUCAGCAUCUGGACUCUGUUCGAGAGAAGCCUCACAUACCUCACUGU